AUGGCUACAUCAUUACAAUCAGCUAUGCGGCGCUCGCUAGCAAGUAUCUCCAAGUCAAACCUCAAAGCUGCAGUCUCGCAGCCCGCAACUACCUCGGUUUUCCAGCGCACACGUCUCCCAGUCAGCCGAGGACUCAAUUCCUUCUCCCAGAGCCGCAACUCGCUCACAAGAACAGGUCACCGGACCUGCACAGUUCCACAGAAUACCCCAGGUCUGCGGAGCCAUGUGCGUUAUACCAGCGAUGACUCCGGCCCCGUUUUCCGGCAAUGGGGAUUUGAGGAGGUCAACGCCAUUAUCCCACCUGCUCAUGGCUCUGUAAUCCUAGUCGAUGUCCGUGAACCUGCUGAAUUGAAUGGAACUGGAAUUAUUCCCUCUGCCAUUAAUAUCCCGCUUGCAUCGCAGAGCGAUGCGCUAUACUUGAAGAGCGACGAGUUUGAGACACGCUUCGGGUUUCCUAAGCCGGUUGUUGAUGCCGAUCAUCAGAUUGUGUUUUAUUGUAAGGCUGGUGUGCGCGCACAGGCUGCAGCACAGUUGGCUGCCCAGGCUGGGUAUGAUCCGGAGCGAAUCGGAGUUUAUUUCGGGAGUUGGUUGGAUUGGGAGAGGAACGGGGGUAGGGUUGAAAGGUGGGAUGGGGAUGAUUAA